AUGGACAAUGUCAGGGGAAUGAACAUCGAUCAAUACAAGCUAGUUGAAGUCAACCAUACCAAGAAAUACCCCAAGUUUGAUCCCUUUGUGCUAUCAUACCAGGACAAAGGCAAGGUCUUGAUUGAUGCUCCUGUUGACUUCGACUUCCUUCAGGAGACAAGUGUUGGGACUCCAACUCUUUCUGAUCCAAGUGAUAUUCCCGAUUAUGAAGAGGGUGAUGAUGAAGAAGAGUCUAGUUUCGAGUCUGGAGAUAGCGAGGAUGAUGACGAUGAAGAUGAUGAUCCAGGAGCUCCAGAAUCCCUGAACCUUGGCUCUCAGACGCAACGUGAUGAUUCACAGGCACGUGACAUUGGUGACCACGUACCGGAGACGCCGAGCAGCCAGAGGGAGGAAGCUGAAGGGUCAAACCGUGCAUCAAAAAGGGUUUUAAGCCCUACUGGAUUGUGGUUUGAUGAUAACAAAGUUAGCGGGUCCAUCACUGACAUUUUCCAGGGUCAUUUUCGAGAACCUUGGUUUAAUUACAGUGAGGUGGAUGAUGCAACAAGGACGCAUUGGUGGAACUCAUUCAUGGCUCUUUACGAAUGGGCUCCCAAGUUAGAUGGCCAAGUGAGAAAAGCAUACCUGAUGAAAGCUGGAAAUCGUUUGAGAGACUUGCGGUACUGGGUGCUCAACAAAGCUAAAGAAAGGCCAAAAUGGUUGGGGAACACCAUCUAUGAAACAAUGAAAAAGAAAAGUCAGGAGCUCGCAUUCCUCGAGAAAUCGGAGAAGGCGAAGAAGAACCGAAGAGGUGGCUCCCUGUCUAAUCCAGUUGAGCCGUCACACUUUCAGGGUUCCAUCUCCGCGGCACAACAUGCUAAAAAGAUGGCAAAGAGUAUAGGAGCAGUACUCCCUACCGCCCCCGAGUUGUUCUUGAAGACUCAUUUAAAAAUUGUUGCUGGAAAAGGAGAAAUCGCAGCAAACAAGAAAGCAAAACAAAUCUCGGAGACAUAUAACAAGAAGCUGGAUGAAUGUACCACUCAGGAGUCAUAGCCGAACCCAGAUUUGUUGUAUUGGGAGACAGUGGGUGGGAGGAACAGAGGUAAAGUGCAGGGGUUGGGUCAGGGAAAUCAUUUGUACUACAACUCUGCAUCGGGGCGAGGAGAUGGCUCUUUACAACCAUAUGCGUCGUGCAUUUUUUCUCAGCUUGAGGCGCAGGUGGAGGCAAAGGUCGCUGCACGGAUGGAAGAAGCGGAGGCAAGGUUCGCAGCACGGCGGAAGAGUCAAAUCGGGCCCUCGUCCAAGAAAUGAUGCGGAACAUGUCUAAUUUUGGCCACUUGUUCUCUGGUUGCAACACAGGACCCUCUCCACAACGCAGACCAGACGAUGACCCAGGGUCUGCUGGUGGCACUGGUGCUACUUAGACACCCACGACAGUGUAGUUUUUUUGGUUUUGGCAUCUAGAUUACUAAAUUAUAGUGUAUAUUUAUUGGCAUAUAACUAGCUUUGAUUUUAGAUGUUUAGGUAUACUUUUUUGGAACUCGAUUUUGACUUGAUUUUCCGACAGCGGGAUCUAUUUUGCGUACAUAUAACUAAUCUAGGUAGUUUGUCUAAUUAUAGACAUUUAUAACUUAUUUCCCCGACAUCGGGAUGUAUUUUGUGCACAUAAAUCUAAUCCAUUUUGAUGUUUAAAUUACAUAUUUU